UGUGAUAUUGAGGGUUAUUCAUUUCCCAUUCAUCAUCAUGAGGGCAGUGAGGAGCACAUUUCUGCUGCUGAGUCUUCUGAUUGGUGUUCAGACGUUUCAUAUUUUGAGAGAACCAAAAUCCAAAAAUCAUCAAGAGAUCACAAGAUUGGCCAUCCUACGAGCUACUGCAAAUGUCUGCAAGAGUUUGGAUCCAGAGUUCAAAAAGCCAGAGGUGUUGGAAACAAAAACACUGGCCAAGGCCUGCAAACGCAAGAUUUAUGCAAGUAAUUUUGAAACAGGUGUAAAAAGUAUCUGCUAUCACAAUGUGAUGAUUGACAUUAAGCACGCCAGCAGUGAGAAACACCAUUUUGACAGUGAGAAAUUUGAUGGUGGGAAAGAACUUAUAAUCAAAGGAAUAGAAAAUAUAUGCAGUCAUGCUUCAAGUGGGAAAUUCGAUGAUGCAAGGCAGGCACUUGGGGGACUCCUGCAUACUUUACAGGAUUUCUACAGUCACAGUAACUGGAUAGAGUUGGGAAAUGACAAACCUUACACUGCCCUCAUCAGUCGGAAGACACAACUAACCAACCUUGCAGGUGACAAGAAAACAUGUGUGGAGAAUCCUUCAGAUCAUUCAUCUGGGGCAAAACUUCUGGAUAGCAUUAUCAAGGAUAAGAUUCUGACAUCAGGAUACUUUGGGACAAAGAAACCAAAAGGGAAGUGCAGUCAUGGAGGAGCUUUAGAUUUCACCACUGGCCGUGGGAAAAGCUGGGAUGGCACAAAUAAGGAUUACAGUGAAUCCAACCACGGUUCAUUGCAUGACAAAGCUUCAAGUGUUGCCAUCGAUGCCACCGUGGAACUGCUGGAGAAGAUCCAGAGAAAAAUUACGAACGAAAAAUUCCUCAGACUGGUGGGGCUUCACGAGGAAAAGCCAAAAGGAUCAUUGAAAAUGAAAUUGAUUCCCUUUAAACUCGAUUCAAGAUAUAAGGAUGUAGAGGGGCAGCCAACUUAAAACGUGGAAGUGUAAUAGCUAAACAUUCACAUCUCAUGAGCUUGCUGAAUGUGUCUCUUUUCUUUCCUUCUGUAACUCUACAAGGUUAAUAGAAAAUAUUAUCAGUAUAAUUACAGUAUGUAACUAAACAAAGGGAAAAUGUUUGUUGGUUAUAGUGCCCUACGUUUGAAUCCACUUUUCCAGUUUCCUGCUUCAGAUAGUUUAAAAAGGAAAUGUCCUUAAUUCCCGAUAUUCUGUCCACUUCUAAGAGUGAUAGGCUGAUUGUAUUGACUCUGAGAUCUGACAGUAACUAGUGAAACAUAACAUCUGAUGUUGAUGAUAACCAUGCAUCCUCUGAGUGUUCAAUGUUCAUUAAAAGUUUCAUCUUAAUUCUAUUAAGUUACUGAAUCGUUUGAAUUGCCUGGUUUGUUUUGUAUGAUUUUAUCACUGAUUCUGUAUGUCUUUCACUGAUCUUAAUUGCUCAUUAAA